AGGACACAACAUUUGGUGAGUUAGCGAAAGAAUUUAACUAAGUUUUUGGGAGUUGAUCAAUUCCCAAAGGAUCAUAGAUGAUCCGAAGUCCCUGUGUAUGAAUUGAGUUUCCUGAACCGCACAUAUUUUUAAAGGGUUUCCUAUUAAGUAACUUUCUUUCAACUUUGGUCGCCCACUUUUCAUCAUGUUACGUUAUUGGAGUAUAAUUUUUCUUAUAAAUUGUGCGUUCUGCACGGAAACGCAAAUAACACAAACCGUUUACGGAUUUUUGGAUUUCACAACAACUAUUGGAAAUACUGUAAUGGUAUUUUCUCCACAAAGCGCUCCCCCAUUAGAGAUUUCCAUUCAUAAAACAACACCGAAGCCUACAAGUAUUAUUGAAACCAGACCGAACACGAAACAGAAUGAGCCUAGUAAAGAUGGUAUUAAACCGACGCCUCUUAUCGCGUCCAGUUCAAAAGAAGAAGCCGAAACAACUUCCUCAUUUGAAAACAAUAAUAUAAUAAGUCUAUCCAAUACGCCAAUUAAAACAUUGGACUAUCCAGAAUAUGCCUUACUAUCUCGUCAACCUGAAGAGUUUGUAGAGGAAACUUUCCGUUUGGUGAACUUAAAAUCACGAUCAGAUGGCGAUAGACAACGAAUCUAUCCGUCAAAACGGGACAACACUCACAAUCUUUCCUCUGGAUUGUACUCAAAUAAGAAGAGCGAAAGCGUCAGUAAAAUCAGUGCAAUCAGCGCAAAAUCCUCAAUCAAAUAUGCGCAAUCUCCUCAAUCAGUAAGCAGUUCAGAAAAGAGAAACAAAAACCGUUCGCAGUCGUCAUCGCGCGUUUUAAAAACGAUAACUCCUCAAUCAAGCAGGACGGUCGAAUCGACACCACAGCAGAACGGAUUCACUAAAAGUAGUCGUAAAAGCAAUAGGGAUCCAAGCGAAAAGCGAAAAUCGUCCCGAAAUAAGGGAAAGAGGAGACAUAAAAAUACUCAUAGUUCUAGCAUUCAAAUCACGGCAACGGCUGUUGACACAAGCUCGCGACGAUCUUUUAGAACAAAAACCAAUCAACCAUCCUUACCAUCUCUUCCAUCUCCACCCUCAGAGGAAAACUUUGCGAAUCUUGGGCAAAACACAUUAAAACUAAAUAGGCGGCCUGGUCGUUGGCAGUAUAAAUCGGCUCCAAAACCCAAAGUUAAUAUAAGGAAAACAUCCAACAGCACGAACAAUAGUAAAAAUGCUACAAGCGCCGAUAGCAUAAAUGAAGCUAUUUUAGAGACGGACGAAAAAUUUGCCACACAAAAACUGAAUAAUCUAGGUAGAGAUUUGGAAGCGGUCGGCUCGCAAAAUUCUGUUGUUGCUGAUAAUGAUGAAUUGAAACCUAAAAACUUUGUACGUACAUUAAAUGUGGAGAUAUCAACACCCAGCAAUUUUGUUGACACCUACUAUGAAAUCGCCACCAUAAAAAGUCCAUUCGUUUUUCAGGCUGGACUUGUAAAGAAGACCAGAUUUUUGACGAUAACAUCCACUAUAGAGAAAACAUUGAAAACCGAUCAAAUUGAGGAGUAUUCCAAGGACGAUGGCCCCUUGUCCGAAAAUAUUUUGGAAUCCACAAUGGCGAUGAAUGAACCAUCACUGGAUGGAAGCAUAUCGACUUUAAAACCCAUUUAUAUUACUGACAGCCUAGAGACCCCGGAAUUAGAGACAAUAACCGAUUCAUUUUCAGUUACACAAACCAAAUUGCGAACGCAAAUCUUGCCAAUUAUCUUUGAAAAGAAGAAUGAGACUGUACAAAUAACACUAGUGCAAACUUUUGAUUAUACUAGUUUAGUAACCGUUACACAGACAAUUUCGCCAUUUAGAGACAAUUUUAUUCCAGCAAAGAACUUUAAAGAUUUCGCUGCUAUUUUAGAUGAGGCUGGUUCUGAAUUGAACUUGGAUCUUGAGUUUGGUGAUGAAGGCAAUGGAGGCCAGUUUGAGGGAAAAGUUAAAUUGGAAUCGAAAGGAAAUUCAACAAACAUUAUUCCUAACAUUCAAUCAGAAAAAAUAAAUAUUCCUGAAAUUUCCGUUUUAAAUCCACUUAAUCCCAGUAACAACCUAAUUACAUCCACGCGUCCUGUUAUUAAGCUUGAAACUAUUUGGGAAUCAUACGUAGUACCACUUGUUAGAGGAACAGACAGUGUGUUGAGAACAUUGUCGAAAUCCGUUGGCGUAGUCGAGAAAACGGAAUAUAUUACCGAAGUUUCAACAUUGCCAGUGCUACCCAUGUCACAAUAUCCAUAUUCUAUUAAUCCCUUUUAUAAUCCUCUCUUGCAACUACCCCAACAGCAACUAAUCACAUCCACUUCGAUUCUUAACACAUUGGUUACUGCAACAAGCAGCAAAGUAUUAAAAUUAACAUUUGGAGCUAGGACCGCAUAUACCACAAUAUUCUCCACCUCAGUUGUUCCAACUGAAGUCACUCAGUUGAUAACUGCAACCCUUCCAGUUCAAAAUCAAGGAGCAUUCCCGAACUAUUAUCCACCUCCGUACCCUCCAUUCGGCUAUGUUGGUUAAGAGCAAGUAUUCCUCCUAUAGUAGAUUCUUCUGCGCUACUAUUAUCCAUAAUACUCAAAUUUAUUUCCAAUACUCAUUUAUCGACCCUACAUUUUUUUUUAUAAAAUCUUUCAUUACUCUUGUAAUCCAAUUUUAAACCUAUUGAUGAAGUCACACGCUCAGGGUAUCGAGCGGGUAAUGAUAAUUCAAAUUAUCUAUCACAUUGGUCGUUUUCAUUAUGUUUUAUAUCAUAUUGUUGCUUGCCAUCGACCUGCAAGUAAGUUUGGCACUUAGAUUAAUUAUUCUUUUAGAAAUGGUGCUUUAUAAAAUGGCAAAUUAUUCGUAUACUUACUUAAUUGUAUUAUACUUCAUAUAACAUUUCAAAUUUUUACUCAUUUAGAUGAUUACUCAAACUUUUAAAACAUUUUUGUUAUUUUUUCAUUAAAACAAUCCUCUACUACAAUAGGUUAACGAAAUGUUUAUCGACAAUAUUUUAUCGAUUAAAACUACCAGUAAUACAGAGCAGUUACAAUUCAUUCCCUUGCUAGUAGAAAUACAGUCUCAUUAUCAUGAUCGCGAUGAAAAAACGCGUUUUAGUAGUACUUGUCUUGUUUGUAAAUUGUUGUUGUAAAGUGGAUAUAAUAAUAAAAGCAAUAAUUUGGCCUUGAUGAAUUUAAGAUUUUUUCUACAAUAUUAACACACUUCUGCGAAUUUAGCUAAAAUUCUUGUUGACAAAUUUGUUAGGAUUUACUAUUAACGGCAAUAUUGUAGAACAUUGUCAUUUCGUUUAAAAACAAGUCGCGAAUAAAUACGUAACUUUCAAUCUCCCGAUUUGCCUCUUUUUGUAAAAUAAAUUUGUAUAUACAAUUUUUCAUAACAGUUUGUACAUUUAUACAUACAUAUGUAUAUCUUAAAAGAGUAUGACUCACAACUAGAGUUUGCAAAAAAACAGUCGUAACUAUAGUUUUAAGUAUUACCCCACUUUAUUAUUACCAAUUACUGGGAAUUUACGGGAAAAGUUUUUCAGUUUUUGUAGUAAAUAAAUGUCAUUUGUAAUAAUUAUAAUUAAAUUGGCCGAUUGCACAUAAUUGUA